GUUAUUUUAUUCCGCCGUGGUAAACCGCGCCCGUCCUCCCUCCCUCUUGGCAAGUUCAACUCCCACCAUCAACGUUUUUUCUCUCAUUCUCUGUCUCUCUCUGUGUACGAAAAAACGCAUGCCCACCUUGUUUAUCUCUGUAUUUCUGUUGAGAAACGGAUGCCCAACUUGUUUAUCUCUGUCUUUCUGUUCACAAACGGAUGCCCACCCUGUUUAUGUCUGUAUUUAUUUUGAGAAACGCGUGCCUAGCUUUCCGCACACUCCUCCCCUUUCUCUCUCCCCCUCCCUCUCUCCCUCUGGCAAAAGGUGGUCGCUGUUCUGAUCAAUCCUCUGUACGAGAAGGGUGCACCUGAAGUUUUACGGCGGCCCCACGUCACCGGAUAUCGGACACGAGCUGUGAGAGGUAUGACAACAGAGAUCUUGGCCAUGGAGCUGGAGCAACUUGCUGUUGUUGGGAACAACUUGCCUGGCGAAUGGAAGGACCUUCCUCCAGAGCUUAUUUUGCGGAUUUUAUCGCUUGCAGAUGACCGUACUGUUAUUGUGGCAUCUGGUGUGUGUACGUGCUGGAGGGAUGCCAUCAGCUUAGGCCUCUCUAGCCUCUCCUUGUCAUGGUGCAAGGCCAACAUGAAUAACCUAGUGCAAUCUCUUGUUCCCAAAUUCACUAAUCUACAGACGUUAAUAUUGCGCCAGAACAAGCCUCAGCUGAAUGAUGAAGCUGUGGAGGCGGUGGCUAAUCACUGCCUUGAUCUUCAGCACCUUGACCUGAGCAAAAGCCUCAAGCUCACCGACCGUGCAUUGUAUGCUGUGGCAAAUGGUUGCACCCAGCUGGUUAAACUAAAUAUCAGUGGCUGUUCUGACUUCAGUGAUGAUGCCCUUGCAUUUCUGGCUAGCCAGUGCAGAAGCUUGAAGCACCUAAACCUCUGCGGAUGUGCAAAGGCAGCAUCUGACAAGGCCUUACAGGCUCUUGCUUAUAGCUGCAACCAGUUGCAGUUCCUGAACUUAGGUUGGUGUGAAGGAGUUGGUGAUGUUGGAGUAAUGAGCUUGGCUAGAGGAUGUCCAGAUUUGAGGGCUUUGGAUUUGUGUGGAUGCGUGCUAAUAACUGAUGAUAGUGUGGUUUCUCUGGCAAAUGGAUGUCGUCACUUGAGGUCCCUUGGCCUAUAUUACUGCCAGAACAUUACUGACAGGGCCAUGUACUCUCUAGCAAACAGCCGCUAUGGAAGGAAUCAUGAAGUCUGGGAGUCGGUCCUGACCAAGCACGGAGAAGGCCUGAGGAACCUGAACAUCAGCCAGUGCACUGCGCUUACAGCUCCAGCUGUCCAGGCAGUCUGUGAUUCCUUCCCAGCCCUCCAUACAUGCCCAGACAGGCACUCACUCAUCAUCAGUGGCUGCCUUAGCCUUACGUCUGUGCACUGCGCUUGUGCUCUUCAGCCAUGGAGGUCUGCAGGAAAGGCUACCAUUGCUCAGUAGCAGUUUGAGCGAGGUAAACUAUUGCUCUUCAUGAGUGUAUAUAUAAGGGACUGCUUAUGAGGUUUGAAUAAAAGGAAGGGAGGCAUCUCUGUAUAGAAAUAUUACACGUACACGGGCUAGAUGUGAUGAGAUAGCGUCUCUAACCAGCAUUGUUUGGUGUUACUUUUAGUUUAAGAAUACCUUAUAGUGUUGGGUCUGUAUAUAUGCGAAAUGCUGUGCAGCCAAGUACCAGGACCACGAAUCUGUAAGCCAAUUGGAAGUAUUUCGAUCUAUGGACAAAGUUAUUAUGUAGGUUGCUGCUAGAAUUCGGCCUGGUGUAGGGAAUUCAUGCCUGCUAGGGUCUUUGGAAACAA